CUGUUUUUGCGGAGUCGCCGUUCGCCUCCGACACCGAGCCUCAAGACCCUAUUUUUGUCGAUGGACGAAAAGAUGAGUCUGGCAUGCAACAGAGAACAGAUAGUACGACGCGGCUUGCUUCAUCGGGGCAGGCGUUUGGCAUGCCUUCAAUGAAAAUCAGCAUGCGAUCAAACCCGCCGCUUCUUUCUAGGCAGGGAAGUGCUAUUUCUCCUUUGGGCGCUUCCGUAAACCUCCGUUUUCGCGACCAAGGAACAGUGCCUGCCUCUGGCGCUCCUUCUGUGAAUAUUCCAUCUCGCGACGAACCAACAACAGCGCCUGCAUCGCUUCUUUCUAGGCAGGGAACUGCCAUUCCUCCUUUCGGCGCUUCCGUAAACCUACCGUUUCGCGACCAAUCCACAGUGCCUGCCUUCGGGGCUCCUUCUGCGAAUAUUCCAGUGCCUGCAUUCGGCGCUUCUGUGAAUUAUUCAUCGCGAUCUCGCAGCCUUCCGAGAGGCACCACGUCCCCGGCCCCUCCGCUCGGGGCCUCACUAGUGCUUUCCGGGUCCCCACGUGGGAAUAAUGGGAGCCGUUCAAACCAUGAGUACGCGUCUUCAAGAGCGACCUUUUGUUCGUCGCCGGGGGCACAGAGGGCACGGCAAAGGAGUAGCAGGGAUAGUUCUCUGACCAGAAGUAUCAGGCGUAGUCAAGGACUGCGCGAAGCGACGCUUGCAAUGAUAGAGGAAAAAGUGAGGCUGAAAUCGCAAGGGCUGGACGAAC